AUGAAGGCUGUUCCAACGUGGGUCGACAAAGUUCAAGAGAAAUCAGAAUGUAUAUACGACUUAUGUUUUAACCCUGAUGGGACACAAUUAGUUGUUGCUGCUGGACAGCAAGUUCUUGUGUAUGAGACCAAUGAAGGUGCUUUGAUUCAGCCGUUAAAAGGUCAUAAAGAUAUAGUUUAUUGUGUAUGUUAUGCAAGAGACGGUAAAAAGUUUGCAUCCGGAGGUGCAGACAAAAGUGUUAUCAUUUGGACGUCCAGAUUGGAAGGCAUACUGAAAUAUUCACACAAUGAAUCUGUUCAAGCUAUGCAGUUCAAUCCAAUCUCACAUCAACUUUUGAGUUGUUCUUUAUCUGAUAUUGCUUUCUGGUCUCCAGAACAAAAGUCAGUUGUGAAACACAAAUCAAAGGGACGAGUGAAUUGUUGUGCUUGGACAAGUGAUGGUCAAUACUUAGCCAUAGGAUUGGCUACUGGCUAUGUUUACAUUAGAAACAAGAAUGGAGAGGAACAUAUGCGUAUUGAAAGACAAAGCGGAGUUCCUAUAUGGAGUUUGUUGUGGAACCGUGAAUGGGAAAAUUCAACAGACACCCUUUGCAUUGCAGAAUGGAAUGGAACCAUAUCGUUUUAUUCGAUUGCGGGGAAGCCAGUUGGGAAAGAUAGAUCAUUGAACUUCAUUCCCCUUAAAAUGUGCAGCUUUGCUGGAGAUCAGUAUAUUUUAGUUGUGGGAAGUAAUAAGCAAUGCAUAUUAAUGACAUACGAUGGAAUACAGUUAAUCAAUGUUGGUGGUACAUUUUCUUCUUGGGUUUGGAGUUGUGCGACGAAUCCAACAUCUACGCAUAUUGCAUUAGGUUGCCAAGAUGGUACAAUAACGUAUUUACAAUUAUCAUGGAAUGUUGUGCAUGGAUUAUACGGAGACAGAUACGCAUAUAGGAAAAAUAUGACGGAUGUAGUAAUACAAAAUUUAAUUACUGCUCAAAAGGUUCGAAUCAAAUGUAAAGAUCUGGUUUCGCGUAUAGCUGUAUAUAAAAAUAGAUUAGCAGUUCAAUUAUCUGAACGGGUAAUAAUUUAUAAACCAUCCAAUACCAACGAUGAAAUGCAUUACCGUAUAUGUGAAAAAUUAAAUCAAGCGCUGCAUUGUAACUUAUUAGUUGUGACGGCGAAUAAUUUAAUUUUAUGUACAGAAAGAAGGUUACAGAGUUUAUCUUUUAAUGGAAUAAUUGAAAGGGAAUGGAUACUCGACGCUUUAAUUACUUACAUAAAAGUUGUUGGUGGUCCAAUCGGACAGGAAUGUUUAAUUGUAGGUUUAAAUACCGGUUACAUAGUAAAAAUAUAUUUAGACAAUCCCUUCCCAGCGCAUUUAACAAAAAUCGAAGGCUCUGUACGAUGUCUCGAUAUCAGUUCACUGAAAGAAAAACUUGCAGUUGUUAGUGACCAUGGAGUUCUUUAUGUGUACGAUUUGUACACGGAGGAAAAACUUCAAGAGUUCCAAGAUGUGAACAGUGUAGCAUUUAAUAGUAGUUUCGAAGACAUAAUGUGUUUCAUGAGCGGAGAGUGUUUAGUGAUUAAAGUAGGAAAUUUUACUGAAUACAGACAAAAGUGUUCUGGAUUUGUGGUGGGUCACAAUGGAUCGAAGGUUUACUGCUUAAAUGGAUCCUGUAUCGUUACAGUGGAGGUGCCUUUAUCGUUAUUUAUGUAUCAAUACUUGGACAUUGGUCUCUUCUCUCAUGCUUACAAUAUAGCGUGUCUUGGGGUAGCAGAUUCAGACUGGUUCGCUCUUGGUACAUCUGCUUUGGAAAAUUUAGAAUUGAAUACAGCAUACUCCGCCUUUGCUAGAGUGAAAAACUUAAGGUACAUAGAGAUUGUAUCCGAAGUGGAAGAGAAAUUGAAAUCCGGUGAGUGGGGAAGAGAGGCGUGCAUGGCCACUGCUGCAGCAGCAAUGGGAAAGCUGAAGGAAGCUGCGAAACUGUAUCAAAAAGCCGGCUUGCAGCAGUACGCGUUAAGCAUGUAUUCGGAUUUGCGUAUGUUCGAUAUUGCACAAGAAUUUAUUGUUAGUGGGAACAGCCAGGAUCGUACGAUAUUACUCCGCAAAAGAGCAGAAUGGGCGAAAAGUCUUGGGGAACCUCGUGCGGCAGCUGAAACGUUUCUAUCAGCGGGAGAUGUAGAUCGUGCCAUCAAUAUAAUUGCGGAGUAUGGUUGGAUCGAUAUGUUGAUCAAAGUUGGCAGACAACUCGAUAAAUCAGACAGAGACAAUUUGACGAUUAUUGCUAAGAAAUUAAAGAAAUUAGGCGCGACACAUGGUGCUGCCGAAAUUUUUGGUCGCUUGGGAGAUGAUCCUGAUGUUGCGGAUGUCUUGGUAGACGCUCAAGCUUGGCCGGAGGCUUUUGAAUUGGCUGAAAGGAAUCCAAAAUUGAAAGCAAGGAUAUAUGGACCAUACGCCAGGUGGUUGGCAGAAACUGGUCAUUUUUCUGAAGCGCAAGAAGCGUUUCAGAUAGCAGGACAAUCUGAAGAAUCUGUGAUGGUCUUAACAAUGCUAGUGAAAAAUGCAGUUACCGAGAAACGAUUUCGCGACGCUUCUUAUUUUUACUGGCUACUUUCUCAAAUUAGUUUAAAUCUGAACAAAAGCACGGAUGAAUUACAAAGGCUGUUUUUACAGUAUCAUGAAAAGGCCGAUGUUUACUAUGCUUAUCACGAGAUACACAAAUACGUUGAAGAGCCGUUCACGUCGUUAAUGCCGGAGGCUCUUUUCAACAUUUCGCGAUUUCUAUUAACGAAGACUCAGCAUACUCAAAUAGAAGGAAUUUCAAAGUUCACCAUAAUGUAUACCUUACUGAAGCAAGCUUCCUUGCUUGGUGCAAAUAAGUUGACGAUGCAGUUACUUGAAAAGCUACGCAAAACAAAAAUUCCAGCCAGUCAACUUGGCCAAUUGGAAACGUCGAAUUUACUGGCUCGAGCCUCCCCUUACAGGGAUCCUGAAGAGCUUUUACCUCUUUGUUACAAAUGUUCAACUUUUAAUCCUUUAUUGUCGCCGGACCAUCAAGGACAAUGUGUACAGUGUAAAUUAAAAUUUCAGUAUUCCUUUGUAAUGUUCGAGAUUCUGCCCUUAGUCCAAUUUGAAUUGGAGGAAGGUAUUUCAGACGAAGAGGCGGAAAAAUUUAUAAAUGAGUCAUUAUCAUUAUCCGAUAAUACGGUGGAUAACGAUCAACUCACCAUUGCUCCUGAAGUAGACUUGUUUACUGCACGUUUAAUGAAGUAUGAGGAGAAGUCGAGUACUUCUACCAUAAUUGUGGGAAGAAACGUUUUGAAGAGUAUGGAUCCAUGCACUGUAUUAAUCAUAAAAUGGCCGAAACCGUUCAAAACACGUUAUUUUAAAAAUCUAUUGCCCGAUUUACAAAUUACGUUUUGCAAAUCUUGUCUGAAGCUGUUUCAUUUAGAUGAUUACGAACUGGCUUUAUUGCGAUACGGGCAUUGCCCAUUUUGCAGAACAGUAAAUAAAUUUCUCGAUUAA